UUAAAAAUUGCAGACCUUGAAAUUUUUUAAAUAUUUUUAUCUAGAAGGGUGACGGUGAGAACAACAUGUUCUCCAUAAAAUCAUCUCUGGUUCGAAACACUUAUUUGAAUAACCAAUAGUUUCGAAAGCUAAUCGUAUGGAAAGAUUAAAAUGGGACACCCUAUAUGUAUAUGUAAUGUAUAUCUAUGUGUAUUAACAAAAAAUAAUCGUUCUUAUGAAAUUUUCCAUCCAAUUAAUUCUUUCGAGUCAAGAAUUUUGUAUGCUUCAUUCAAUUUUUUUUUAUUCCUUCCUUUUGCAAAAGAAAAUAGAAAAAAAAGACAGCAUUUAAAAAAAGAAAGAAGUUUACAUGUGUUGAUUAAACAUCGAUUAAUGAAAGAUAUACAGGAUCUCCUUGAAAAAGAUAGCUUUUUCUUUUUUUUUUUUUUUUUAAUGAAAAAAAAGUUACCACAAAAUAAUUGUUUUAUAAAUAUAAGUGUAAAGAAAGUAUUAAAACUGUGAAACAAAAUAUUGGUUUUUUCAUUACUUUAGCUUGUUUCCCAUAAUGAAUUAAUAUAUUAACUUUAUUAAUUGACAUACUUAUGAAACUUGUAGAUCGAAUGAAUCGAGAUUUAAAAAAUUAAAACUAUUAUCCAAUAAAUUAAGAUUUACAUAAAUCGUUUAAAAAACUAAAUUAUAUUUUUGAAAUAUUUUUUUCAAAUAACAAAUAAUUACAUUCAAAAAAUUCAAAUGGAAUACUGGAAUCUACAAUUUUUUCAAUUCUUAUUAAACAAUCGAAAUAAUCUCGUAGCAUACACCUUCUGCUCGAAAUUAUUCUCUCCCAUUCCAUGUACUCUCAUCUCGACGAGAUCUACAAUCCUGAAACGCCUUGUACUGGGCUAACAGGCCAAAUGAAUAUCCAAAGUCUACACACGGCCACGAAAGAAAAACAACCGGUGAUGAUUAUUGCACAAAUAAAGAAUAUUUCCCAUAAUCGAUUUUGGCGCAGAAAAGGACACAUCUUGGGAGCAGAUACGAUCGCAGAUCUUGUUUUUUGGAAAACAAUAUUUCAGUUGUUUCCCUUGCUCGUGUUCCACUUACGUUUCUGGUCGCGUUUUUGGUCGUGUCCGCGACGGCCAUUGCGCAUGCGCAUUUCCGCACGCGCUGCUUUCAUCGUUCGCGCAAUAAUCUUGGCCGUGAAUCGAGCAUCAGUCUUCGAUGAACGAGCCGCUCGUUCUCGCGCUUUGCGUCUCAUGUUCGCGUCUCGAGAAACUUGUCCUCGUGGUUUGGAAAACUUAUUUAGAUGGAAAUUCGAGAAAAAAUUAAAUUAGUAAUUGUACAAUAAUAUUAUUAUAUUUAUUUAUUUUACAUCAAUAUUGCACAAAGAUAUUUGUAUUUUUAAUUUAUUCGAAAACAGUGUUACUGAUCGUUUGGAUAAUAUCUAUAUAUAUUAAUUAUAUAUAUUAAUUUUUAAAAUUUUUUUUGUUAGCAGAUUCCAAGUUAUUAUAAAGUGGCUAAUACUAACAAAGUUUUGACUUCUUAUUUUUUGAUAUUUAGAAAUGAUUAUCCAGGAAUAAUAUUCUUAUUAAAUUUUAAAUAUUGAAUUUUUUAUUUAAGAAAAAUUUUUGGAGAGAGGAAUCGAUUUAUUUAUGGUGUGUGCAAAGUGAAAAUUUUAAGUUAAAUUAUGAAGUUCAUUUGAUUUUUUGAUUUCUUUUUUGGUUUGUUUGAAGAAAUUGAUACUUUGUUGUUAGAAAUAAUAAAUUGAUGAAAUGAUUGGUGGAAAUGGAGGUUAACAGGUGUGAUUUAGGAAUAAUUAUUGCGCAAGAUAGAAAAUCUUUUAAAAAUCUUUUUAAAAUGAUUUGUGUGAUUUGUUCUUUGGAUAUUAUUUUUAUUGAAAUUGAUGAAUUAAAUUUAUUAAAUUACGAAAUAUUUUAGAAGUUAUAUUUAUUUUAUUUUUUAUUAUAUUUUCCGGGAAGGAAACAUUUAUGAAAAAAGAUAACUGAAAUUUAUAUCCCAGAAAAUAAUUUUUAAUGAAAUCGAUGAAAAAAAUGAAAAUAUUAAUCUCUACGUAUAGCUUUGUUUAAAAAAAUUAAUAUUUUCUUAUAUUUUAUAACAAUUCAAUUUUCUUUGAUCUAAAAAAAUCAUAAAUAAUUUAUUAUUAAAUAUGAUAAAUUAAUAUCAACAAUAUUAACAGGUUAUGAAAAAUAAACGUAAAAAAACAAGUGAAAGUGUUUUCGAUGAUAAAUUACUCUAUUACCACAAUAGAUGAAAUGAUAGAUUAAGAUUGAUGUUAGUACUUGAUCUUCCCUUUUAAAUUAGAUUUUAAGAAAUUGAAUUUCUUUCUCGCGAAAAGAUAGUACUACAUUUCGCAAACUCUACAACUACUUUAUCAAACCAGAUUUAAUAUUCCAUUAUCGAAUCUAACUUUCAAUUAAAACUUUUAAAUUAUCAAUUCGAAAUAUAAUUAAAGCAAUCUUGAAGAAACCAUAUUAACUGUAUCUCACAAGAUGAAGAUAUGAUCUUUAUUUCCUAAAAACUAAUUUCACUCUUUGUAUUUUGCAAAUUUUCUAGUAAAAAAAUUAUUUUACUUUCAUUAUAUAUAUUAAAAUCUAAAUGUUUAUAAUUAUUAAAAUUAUAAAAAAUUAUUAUUAUUAUUAUGAGAUUAUUAAAAUUAUAUUAUUGUUAACCUAAAAUAAAAAAGAUUUUUAAUUAUAGAAUAUGAGUAUUGUCAUCGUAAAAGAAUGAGAACGAUCGGUAAAUAAAAUUAAUGAGUGUAAGAUGGUCAAAGGAAUUUCUUCGUCUCUUUUGGUGUUGUAGUCUAGUAGGAUAAAUGAUUUUUAAAUUAUCGUUGAUGAAGUACGUGUCAUGAAUAUUUUUUAAAAACUACACAUUAACCGUUAAUUGCUGCUUUAUAUAUGUGAAAAGUUGAACGAAGUAAGAAAUAUUGCAGAUAUAAAAUAAUUUAUCAAGUCAGGUUAAAAGGAUAAUAAAAUAAUUUGUAAUUAAUACGAUUUCGUAACGUGGUUUUAAAAUAUAUACAUCGAAAUAUCUUAAUAAUAAAUACAAAAAAUUGAAUAAAAUAGAUAAAAACAAUGUAAAAUAAAUUUUAAUUGAAGCUCGUUUUCGAAUAACUUUUUACUUCUUAUUAUUGGCUCUUAGAGUCAAUCUAAUAAAAAAUAAAUUGUAUUUUGUUUACAAAUUAAUAAAUAAGAUGAGUUCCGUAUUUUUUAUAAAAAAGAAUAUGUUUUCUCAAACAAUAUCAUAAUCUUUCAAAUUAAGAUUAAAUAGUUUUCAAUAUUUAUUUGAAUCAAUAUUAUUCGAAAAUCAAUAAAAAGAAUGGAAUUCUUCGUACGAUAUUUUAGAAAUGUUAAGAAAUCUACCGUAAAAUAUUUUAUUCCUUUUCCCUUCAAUUUUUUCAAAGAAAACUUCAAAAUCUUUUGAUACUAUAUCAUAAAUCAUAUCGUAAACCAAUAUUAAUUAUUAGAUAGAGAAUUUUUUUCAUACAGAAAAGAGAUAUCGAAGAAUGUGUGAAAAAUAAUUGAAUCAAUAAACGAUAUUUUAUAUUUAUAAACUUCUUACUAAAAAUAAAAUAAUUAUAUAAUAAAUAUUCUUCAAAGAUUUUUACUUAGUAUCUAUCAAUGUUUGACUCAAAAGAAUUAUAGAAUCAAUUUCAAAUUCUUAAACAUGUAAUUAAUGCUAUUAGAUUCGUGAAUUAAUAAUAAAAAGAAGAAAAAAUGUAUUAAAGAAACGAUAAUAACAAAAAAAAAUACAACCUUCAAAAAAGUAAUUCAAUCAAUGAACCGUAAAACAAAUUUUCACGAAGAAAGUAAAUACAGCAUCGUAAGAGAACACCAUCGUCACCAUUAUCAAAAGAUUGCUGAAACAAACCUAACCUCCACUUCGAGCCGCACGCUUGAAAGCCGACUUUCUCCGUCACCAUAUAUUACUUGAUGUAUGUACCCAUAAAUACGUGUCUCUCUCCGUGAACCGUAUCACAAAUCCUUUCCAAGUUUUAUUUAAGCAACGCAAGAAGGCAGAAAAGAGUGGAUAUUAUAUACAGUACCGUUUAAUCGAAUGAAAAAAGAGCGAGAAAGUUGAUGGUGCGGUGUUCUCGAUUGUUUAUCAACAGGUUACCGGUAGAAUGGAAGCGUUUGGAUCUCGUGGUGGAUCGAUCCCGAAUCAGUGAAGCGUAACUAGUUGAAAAGAGGGUAUCGGCCGGGGAAAAACGUCCGAUGAUCGAAGCAUCAGAGAAGAGACGCGAUGGGAGUGGGGAUAGCAAGACACGACGCUCGCGGCCAGUUAUGGUGGCGAACCAUGCUUCAUGGUGGGGUUGAAAGGUGGCGCAGUCAUUUAUGGUUGCCGGUUGUUCAUCCGACGGUUCAGUUGCCCGUCUGACCAACAACGACAAAAACCUCAAAUGGCGAACGUACGAUGAGCAGUCGACUCGAUUAUUCGAUUUUAAGGAUCGUUAUAUGGAAUCGACAACGUUUAUGAAAUUCUAUUUCCAUCAAUCGUCAGAAGUUUAUUGAUUUCUACAAUUGAUUGCUCUAUAAUCGAGAACUCGUAUAAGCCUUGAAGAGUCUAAAGAGGAAGAAAAUAGAGUUUCGAGAUAGAAAAGUGAUACCUGAACGAUGUUUGUGAGAAGUAUGUUUACGUUUGAAUACUAUGUUGGAGAAUUUGAUUAAUAUUUAGAGAAUUUGUUGUUUGUCAAAAUUUAAAUUUCUAUAUAAUUUGAAAUUCAGUUCGAUAAAGAAGAAAGAAGAAUUUAAAAAAUAAAGUUAAAGAAGAAAUGAUUUAUUGGAAGACAUUACGAAAAGUGGUACCUGAAUGAUUAAUUUGAGAAAUAUAUUUAUGUUUUAUAUUUUAUGAAUAUAUCAAAAUGUUUGAUUAAUGAUUAGUAGUUUUUUAAAAUUAUCUUUGUGAAUGAAGAUUGUUGUUGCAAAAAAUUGUGAUUCAAAGAAUUUCUUGAAGAAUAGGAAUAUGGUUGAAAGUGUGCAAUACUUCUACGAAAAUUCAAGAAGAAUUUGAUUAAUAAUUCGAAAAUUUUUUGCUUUUGAUGGUGCGUAAUUACAAAUAUUUUUUUCUCAAGAAUUUAUGAAAGAAAUUUAGAUUUAUCCUGCAUUUGGCUAAAUAAAUUUUUUAGAAGAUAAAAAUAUUCUUCAAAAAAUUUUAACAUUUCUCCUUAAAGGGAAUUAAUGAUUCGAUAUUCUGCAAAUAAAGACGUAUUUCCGAAGAAUUCGUCGAAGAAAAUUAAGAAAUUUUUCAGAGGCAUUAUAUUGAAAGAUAGCCUCUUUGCAGGAAUACCAGAGCGAUUUAAAGAACGUUGUGGAAAAUAGAGAUAUAUUUAUGAGAUAUAUUUAUGAUAUAUUGAUUACUUAUACGAUUAUUUGAAAAGUAGUUCGAUUAAUGUUUAAGAGUGUUGAUUUUCAAAUAAUAAUCCGAACACGAAGGUUUGUUUGUUUUUUUUUUUAAUUUUAUCAUCGAAUUUGAAGAAGCAAAAAUUUAAGACUACUUUGUAUUCAAGGUUUUUGAAGAAAAUAAAAGAUCCUAUAUAAAAAUAAAAAAGAAUGUUUAUAUUUGAAAAUCGAAAACGAAUCAGAGUUUUGAAAACAAAUUCUCUGGAGAAAUUGAAUUAAUGAUUAAGGAUUUGUUGAAUUUUUGAUAACAGUUUGUAAAUGAGGAUUGUUGAAAAGUUUGAAGAAGAUUAAGAAAGUUUGGACAAGAUUUCGUGGAACGUAAUGAAGGAUAUUUGUUGAUACAAAAAUAUGAACCAGAAUUUUCAAUAUAUAACUGUAGAAAAUUUUUGAUCGAUAACAUUGAAUAUUUUUCCUUAAUUCUGAAAAAUUAAUUUCUGAGAAGAACAUUUAAAGAAAUAUUUUAUCUUCAAGAUAAAUUACAUUUCAAAUAGAAAUAAUUUUAAGAGAAAUCAUAUAUUUAUUAUCUCUAUUAUCUUUAUGAUUAAAAAGUGAAUUAAAACUUUUUACAUAAAAAUUCAAGAAAAAUUAUAAUGAUGAAUUAAUAAUAAUAUUAUAUAUUUAUUAGUUUUCCAAUAGUACCUCAUAGAUUAUGAAGAAAACUCAAAAUAUAAUUUAGAUCUAUUAUUCUUAUUCUAUUGUUUUUCUCUCAUCUUAUUCUUAAAAAACGUUAUUUUUUAGAAUAAAAAAUUGUUGCAAAUACUUCAUAAAGUAGUAGAGAUUCGACGAAAUUUCAAGAAAACUAUGAUCCACAAUUGGGACUAUCAUUUUUUCACGAUAUCCUGUAAGUUUCGAAGCAAAGAACUGUUCUUUAAGAAAGUUGUUUUUCGAAGUGGAAAAGUGAUUUAAAUGAUUCUUCGAAAAGUGACACGAUAUAUUUAUCUUGGAAAUCGCAAAGUGGAUCAAGCAAUUUGAACGUGAAAUUUCAAACAAGAGGAAUUCAAUCAGUAAUGGAAACCUUCUUUAUUAAUGCUCUAUAAAUUAUGGAUUAUUGAAAAAUUUCUAAAAAUAACCGAAGAAAUUAAAUCGUUCUGAAUGAAAUUAUAUAUUUUAAAUUUCAAUUAACAUUUAACUCGAUAAUACUGUUUAAAUGAAAACUCUUGGAAAAAGUUUACAAUGAAACUUGUGAAAAAUCGAUGAUUGUGAAAUAAUUUAAAAAAAUUCUAUUUUUCGAAAAAAAAGAAAUAAUUAAAAAAGAAAGUACUUUUGUAACAAUAAUAUAUAUUAAUUCUUGAAAUCACAAACUGGACCAAAGAAUUAGAUUUGAAAUCGUCGAAAAACCAUCAUCUUUGAAAAUUUUGCAAAAUUUGAAUCACAUUGAUCGAAUUUUUAUUUUUUUUUGGAAUGGACGAUGAAGAAAAAUUUUAAAAGUGCUACUUAAAAUAGAAUUCUUCCGAAGAAAAAAAAAUAAAGAAACAUGUGCAUCGUUAAGAUUCGUUCUCCCCCGGUUGAUUCCCGAAUUUGAAAAGGAUUUUUCAAAGAUCGAAUAUAUAAGAAAGAUGCGAGAGAAUUGUUUUUUGAGAAAAUAAUCUUUGUAUCAACGAUGAGUUCUUUGAAAAGAUCGACAAAUCAAUCGACCAGGGAAGGUGCCGGCGGUAGGAGGCACGCACUCACCGGAAGUAGCUCGAAGAGCUUGAGGAACGUUGUCCACACGACUACAGCGCCUGGUUCACCACUUCGCCACAGAUCCAAAUAUGAGUUGAGGAGCAUCAGUUUGGAAGGCACCAAAGUUUUACCAUGGACUGCACGGUCUACCACGGAUGCCAUUUCCAGGCGAGGUGUUCUCUCCAGACGAUAUUAUGGCAGCGUUGAAAUGCUGCCGCAAAUCGAGCAAGACGGGUCUGACAAUGGGAGAAGAUUUCGAGUAGAGAACGGUGAUUCCCUUGGCGAGAAGGAGGAAAUGUUCGGAUCACCGAGUACGCCGAUAUUGGAAAAUCCUGAAUAUCAGACUCGUUGGUACUUCAAGUACUUUCUCGGAAAACUCCAUCAAAAUUAUGUUGCUGCGGAUCAAGAGAGGAAUCCUCUGUUUCUCUCAGUUGUGACAAGUGAAGUCAGUGAUCAAAGCGUACCACAUUACAGAGUGAUUUUAUGGCGAAAAACCGGCGCGCAGAAGAUAUCGCUGCCAUACUCUGCAAACAAAACGAUGACAAUCAGGCAGAUCCUGAGUAAUUUCUUUGGGCUGGAAAAGCUCGACAAGGCACCACGUGAAAUAUUUUCUCCAGAAAUUCAAAAGGAUCUGCUCUUGUUGGAAGAACAAGAAGGUUCUGUCAACUUCAAAUUCGGCGUGAUAUAUGCGAAAAAAGGACAAACAACCGAUGAUGAGAUGUUGUCCAAUGAAAAAGGUAGUCCAGGUUUCGACAAAUUUCUCGAGAUUCUGGGUGAGAGAAUACGACUAAAGAAUUGGGACAAAUAUCGUGGUGGUUUAGAUAUAAAAGGUGAUAUGACCGGAAAAGAAAGUUAUUAUACGGUAUAUGCAGGACACGAAGUGAUGUAUCAUGUGAGUACAAUGCUUCCUUAUUCAAAGGACAAUCCACAACAGCUGGAGAGAAAACGACAUAUCGGUAACGAUAUCGUUAACAUCGUUUACACGGAUGAUCCUAACGCCAUAGAUAGUUUCAAUCCGAAUUGUAUUAGAAGUCAAUUUACUCAUGUAUUUGCGGUGGUAUCGGCCGAAGAAAAUGACAAAGGAUGGCGCGUGGCAAUUUAUUGUGAUGAAAAUGUUCCUCUAUUCGGACCAAGCCUUCCUUGUCCACCCGUUUUUGAGGAUCCGUAUACUCUACGAGAAUUUCUUCUCGUUAAAUUAAUAAAUGGUGAAAAAGCAACGUUCAACACACCAACAUUUGCCCAAAAAAGAGAAAGAACACUAGAUGCUCUUCUUCGAGAUAUGUAUCAAGAACAUACACAGGAAAGUAAGAGCAACAGUAUGUUAAACCGACGAGCAUUGUCGGAUGUCGUGGAGGCUCCAGGUCGACGUCGCGAGGAGACACGUGCUGUGGAGAUGGUGCGCGUUGGCCAAGCUCUGAAACUGGAAGCAAUUGUCAGAGGUUUGGCGCCAACUUCAUUGGCCACGGCUGGCCCGUUGAAGCCAAGACCUUGGGAACCAAGAUGCAUCUAUCCUGAUUUCCCUCACGAGGUUGUCUGUGGAGAUGUUUGGCUGGAUAACAAGUUGAUCCUUGCUAGUGAGAAUGGAACUUUUUUAAUCGAAGAUAGCUUAUCUCAUAGGCUAAUCUUUGACGAAUCUGUGCAAAUAAAACAAUUAGAUGUAGUCGAACAACAUGGAAUAUUAUUAUUUCGUGCCGGCGACAAAGGCAAAGAAAGCAACAUUUACGUUUUUCGUCUAAAAGAAUUCGAGAAUAAUACGGCGAAUAGAUCGGCCGAAGUGUUGAACGAUCGUGAGGACGAUCAAGAAUAUGAAGAUAAUGGCGACGAGGAUGAUGCGGAUGACGAUGCUGAUGAGAGCGAAGAGAAUGAUUACGACAAUUUCACGCGGGCCACUGCGAAAUUUAAACCGGUAAUCCGUCGUACUCACGCUCGUGUUCGUCCCUUGGCUGUUCGAGGACGAGCCCAUAUAAAAGAAAGGAGAUUACCUAGAGCACGGGGCUGUCAUUUGUAUGCCAUUACAAUGCCUGGUGGUUCUCACUUGCGCAUGUGUACGGUAGUGGGACGACGUUUAACAGUUCUUCAAUGGAAGCAUAACGCUGCAUGGACCGCGUGGUGUUCUGCUGCAGACACAGACACUGUCGAGGGUUUUUUGCAUUUAAAAGACUUCAACGCUAGUGAAACCCCAUCGUUAGUAACGAUAAUUGAAAAUACAGAUUCGAACAAUGAAUGGACGCUUUGCUGCGGUAUUCGACAUCAUUUUGAGCUAAUCUCAGCCUCUGGAAGCACAAGGAUUCUUCAUAUCGAAGGAGUGCCAAAACCACAUCUAGUAGCUGCAUUGGAUCUUUGCGAAGAUGAGGAACCUGAAUUAUUACUUUGUUAUAACAAUACAUGUCAUUUUCAAAAGCUCCUGGAAGAAAAUACCGCACCAACGGAAUUCGAUUUUAAUUGGAAUUCCGUACCGGCAGCAAUAGCUUGUGCCUUUCCCUACGUAAUCGCCUUUACUAAUGAUACCAUGGAAAUACGAUUGAUAAUUAAUGGAAAUUUGGUACAUACGAUCGCCAUGCCGAAUCUAAAUCUAAUCACCUCAAAGCAAGACAUCUUCUUCGCUACAACAGCGCCGGAGUUUUUGCCAGGAAAAUGCGAAAGAAUCCGACUGGAUUCAAAGCCCCCAGACAAGGAGGAACCGGUUUCCAGUCCUCCUCCUUUCGCGCAAUCUUCGUCGUCUCGAUCUAAUCUGCAAAAUAAUCAGAGUGACUGGAAACCAAUAAGAAUCUAUCAAAUACCAUUGCAAACAUUAUCGAGAAGUACUUUAUCGAAUUGUUCGCAACGACGAUGUCCUAGUCCAGGAGAAUCAGAAAUCAUCUCCUCUGCACCACCAACCACUGAUAAAAGUUUUCUCAGUGUUGAACCUCACAGAGCAUUGAGCAGAUCAUGUAGCAGCAGUCCAACACCAACGCCGACGACUUUAAUUCCUCCACGGUUCAGAAAAUAGAUUAAAUCGCGAUCAAGAGGUUUCUUUUAAUGACGAAUUUCUUUAAAAGAUCGCAAGCUGUACCUGACGCUCGUGCCUCGGUAGGAUUGAUGAUGGAUAAUGCACAAUUCUAUGCAUUUAAAAAAGUGUAGCUAGAACUUACUGCCGUUGCAAAGAGCAAUCGAGACAAGUUUGCUAUAAUAGAUAACGUAACCAUACGUGCAAGAAGUGCCCUUGAUGUUUUUUAAGUCAAGAGAAAUCUUUUUUGUUAGAUAUAUCUAUAUGCUUUUCUUCCAUAGUUUUUUAAUACAAAUGCGUUUCUUUUUUUUUCUUUUUCUUUUUUUUGUCGAGUAAUUCCUCGACAUGUCGUAAAUUUAUAUUUCUUGAAAGAAAAAAAAGAUAAUGAUAAGUGAUGAUAAAUAACAAAUUACUUUGGCUUUUAAAAUUUAAAUAAAAAUUUAUAUUUCAAAAGAAAAGAAAUAGAGAAAGGAAGAGAAUGCAAAGAUUUAUUAAAAAUAUGCAGGUAAGAAUUUAUUCUACAAUGAUCUUAUUUUUUAAUAAAAUUUUUAUAAAAAUGCUUCAUUCUUUGUGUGCUAUAUUCAGUGCCAGAAUCAAAAAAUUUGAUAAAUCAAAAUGAUAAUCAAAUUUAGCGAAUAAAAAUUAUCUUAGUGAUUUAUCAGUUUGAGAAAGCGAGUUAUAAUAAAAGGAAUUUUAUUAAUUCUUAAAGAUUUUCUUCAGGGAUUUACUUGGGCUGUGCCACAUUUACAAUUGUUUUUAAGUGAUUCAUAAAUACUUAUACUUUAUACGUCAGUGGUCAUGUUUCAUUAAUAAAUACAUACAAUACGACCACAUGUAUAUAUAAAAUAAUAAUUAAUAAAAAUGUAUGCUGUCAUUGGUAAGAUUUUUCGCUGCGAACUUGCUCAUGCCAUUGAAUCGCCUAGCGAUUUUCCGUCUUUCAUUCUAACUUGUUCGGUUUCUACAUGUAUGUAUCUAUUGCAAAUAAAAAGAGAAUAAUGUAAAAA